UAUUCCCUAAUUUUCCAAUGCAUCAAUUCCGCCAAUCAGAUUCGCACCCGCCGCCGCCAUCGCCAACCCAACAAGGCCGUGAUCGUCCUCCAAGGCAGAUACGCCGGACGCAAAGCCGUGAUAGUGAAAUCCUUAGACGAAGGCACACGUGACCGCCCCUACGGCCACUGUUUGGUUGCAGGGAUAAAGAAGUACCCGAGCAAGGUUAUCCGCAAGGACCCCGCCAAGAAAACAGCCAAGAAGUCGCGCGUCAAGUGCUUCAUCAAGCUCGUGAAUUACCAGCAUUUGAUGCCCACGCGCUACACCCUCGACGUGGACUUGAAAGACGCGGUUACCGCCGAUGCCAUUCAAACCAAGCACAAGAAAGUAGCCGCUAGUAAGGCCACCAAGGAGAGGUUUCAAGAGAGGUUCAAGACAGGAAAGAACAGGUGGUUCUUUACAAAGCUUAGGUUUUGAAGGGUUUCCUCUCCUUCGAUAAAAGAAUUGUUUGGGCUUAAUGUAGUUUAUUAGCAUUUUGGAUUUGA